AUGGUCUCGGUCUCGGAGCCGGGUCUGCAUGGAGGUCUCAUGGGUCUCGGGUCUCCACUCGGAGGUCUCAUGGUCCGGGGUCUCGGGUCUCACCAUGGUCUAUACCAGGGUUCUACUGAGUCCCAUGGUCUGCUGAGGGUUCUACUGAGCCCUGCUGAGGUUCUACUGAGGUUCGGUCUGAGCCCUACUGAGGUUCUACUGAGGUUCUUCUACCAGGGAGGUUCUAGUAAAAGUACUACUUGUAUUCUUCCAGUGUUCGUGCGGUACAACCUGGGGCCUGGUGUGCCGGUGGAGCUGCAGGAGGAGGCGAGGGUGGAGCAGCUGAAGGAGCUGGUGGGGAGUCAGCAGGGAGUCCGUCCGGAGCUCCUCAGGGUUCUGUUUGCUGGGAGGGAGCUGAGGAGCUCCUUCACACUGCAGGGUUGUGACCUCCCAGAGCAGAGUACCAUCCAUGUCCUCCUCCCUAAAUCUGGUUCCUCCCCCUCCCAGCUUCUCCUCCUGCAGGAGCGCCUGAUUCGGGGAGGGGAGGACGAGCAGAAUGCUCUGACCAGGCUGGACCUCAGCUCCUCACACCUCCCCUCCACCUCCUCCGGCUUGGCGGUGAUUCUUGAGGGGAGUGAUGGUGGAGGAGAGAAAGGAGCAGGAGGAGGUGACAGAGGAGCAGAGGAGGUGACAGAGGAGGUUCAGGCUGCAAGUCUGAAAGGUGUGCGUACCUGCAGUACUUUCUUUGUGUACUGUAAGAGCUGUAGGUCGAUCCAACCGGGAAAGCUGAGAGUGCGUUGCAGCAGCUGCAGACAAACAACUCUGACAAUCAGCAGGGGUCCGUCCUGUUGGGACGACGUCCUCCUCCCCGGUCGCGUCCAUGGCUUGUGUCAAUCAGACGGUUGUCACAGUAACGAAGCGGAGUUCUACAUGAAGUGUGCGUCCCAUCCGACCUCAGAAGACGAAAUCUCAAUGGCCCUCGACCUAAUUAUGACCAACAGCAGAGGUCCCUGUAUCGCCUGCUCCGACAUCAUGGCUGUGGUCCUGGUCUUCCAAUGUUCAGAGCGUCAUGUGAUCUGUCUGGACUGUUUCCAUGGUUACUGUCGGACUCGUCUCAAUGAGAGACAGUUUGUGUCUCAUCCUGUGAUUGGCUACUCGCUGCCGUGUGCUGCCGGCUGUGUCGACUCUCUCAUUAAAGAGUCGCAUCAUUUCAGGAUUUUAGGAGACGAUCAGUAUGGGCGGUACCAGCAGUACGGGGCCGAGGAGUGCCUGCUGAUGAAUGGAGGUCUGAUGUGUCCGUCACCUGGCUGUGGGGCGGGGCUUAUCCCACCUGAGGGUAGCAGGAGGGUGCAGUGUGACAGACAGCUCGGCUGUGGCUUCGUCUUCUGCAAACACUGCAGGGAGGAGUACCAUGAGGGGGCGUGUCUCACUGGGCAGACCCCGCCCAUUGCUGAAGCCUCUCAGGGUUUCAUGGUGGAGGAGGAGGCGUCUCUUAGAGGGAGGUGGGAUCGAGCCUCCCUACUCCUCCUGCAGGAGUCGACUAAACGCUGUCCUCAGUGUUCGGUUCCUGUGGAGAGAGACGGCGGCUGCAUGCACAUGCGGUGUCCUCUGUGCAGAGCCGACUGGUGUUGGCUCUGUGGCGUCUCCUGGAACACAGAAUGUAUGGGGAACCACUGGUUCGGAUAAAAAUCAGCAGCUUCACAUCUCCUGCCGAAAAUCUCUCGAGCAGCUAUGAUGAGCAGCUGGGAAUCAAACCGCCGACAUCUUUGUUCAUUUCUCCUUUAACUUGUAUAACAUGUUGAUAACAUGUAUAAGUAUCAACGUUUCCUUUGCAUUCUCUGUCUGUCAGAAUCAAAAAAUCUGUUUAUUAGAAUACAUAAGUCAGAUUGUUCUUUUUGCCAGUGGUUAAAUGUUUUUAAACCAAAGAUGAAAUAAAAACUUUAUUUAUCUGUGAAAAAUCAA